UAAUUUAAAUCGCAAGUGACAUCAGGAAAAUAAAAAUUUAUCUAUCUACUAUCAAAGUGAGUAAAGAUUUCGAUCAAUUAUAGUACAACAAUAUGGAAGCUCUUUGUCUAGCUCCAACACAUAAUUUUACCAGCAACCCCAAAUCUACAACAAUUAGUCGAACCGCGGCAAUUCCUGCUGGCCGCAAUGACACAUUUAAAAUAUCGACUACUGGACGUAACAUGAAAAUGGGUGGCUCAAGGGUGAGACCAUCGGCAUUGCCGUUGAAGAUGUCACAAUUAAUUUCUCUAGCUGACUCUUCAGCACCGGUGGUGAGUGCUCCUGCAUCCUUGCAGGACAUCGAGGCUGGAAAAUUGAUAGAGAAUAAUCCAACGGGUGGCGAUAGUGAAGAAUUGGUCCAGUACUUGCUUGAAAUAUUGGCUUCGAGAGUGUACGAUGUUGCUAUCGAGUCCCCGUUGCAGCAUGCUACAAAGCUUUCAAAGAGGCUUGGACUUAACCUUUUUAUCAAAAGAGAGGAUAUGCAGUCCGUGUUUUCGUUCAAGCUUAGAGGAGCUUACAACAUGAUGACCAAACUUACAAAGGAGCAAUUAGAAAGAGGGGUUAUAACAGCAUCAGCUGGAAAUCACGCACAAGGAGUUGCAUUAGGUGCUCAGAGACUUCAAUGUACUGCUAAGAUUGUCAUGCCUGUUACCACCCCUGUGAUCAAGAGGGAAGCAGUUGAAAACUUAGGUGGUAGAGUAGUACUUGAGGGUGACACAUUUGAUGAAGCUCAAUCAUAUGCAUUGAAGUUGGCUCAAGACGAAGGUCUCACAUUCAUCCCACCAUUCGAUCAUCCAGAUGUCAUCAUAGGCCAAGGUACAAUUGGAACAGAGAUAAACCGUCAACUUAAGGACAUACAUGCAGUAUUUGUGCCUGUUGGUGGUGGGGGUCUAAUAGCUGGUGUUGCUGCCUAUUUCAAAAAAGUUGCCCCAAAUACAAAAAUUAUUGGAGUUGAGCCAUUUGGUGCAAGUUCAAUGACAUUGUCAUUGCACCAUGGAGAAAGAAUAAAAUUGGAACAAGUUGAUAAUUUUGCAGAUGGUGUAGCUGUUGCACUUGUUGGUGAAGAGACUUUUCGACUCUGCAAGGAUUUAAUUGAUGGAAUGGUACUUGUGGGUCGUGAUGCUAUUAGUGCCGCAGUAAAGGAUGUGUAUGAAGAAGGAAGGAACAUAUUAGAGACAUCAGGUGCACUUGCCAUAGCUGGAGCAGAAGCAUACUGCAAAUACUAUAACAUUAAAGAUGAAAAUGUUGUAGCAAUUGCUAGUGGAGCCAAUAUGGACUUCAGCAAGCUAAAAUUAGUAGUGGAUUUAGCAGAUAUUGGUGGACAGAGAGAAGCUUUGUUAGCUACUUUUAUGCCAGAAGAACCAGGAAGCUUCAAGAAAUUCUGUGAACAAGUGGACUCUUUGAAUAUUACUGAAUGCACGUACAGAUAUAGUUCUGGAAGGAAACAAGCACUAGUUCUGUACAGUGUUGAUGUUCAUAAAAAAUCGGAUCUUGAUGCAGUGUUGGAGAGGAUGAAAUCAUUACAAUUUAAUACUGUUAAUCUCUCAAAUAAUGAUUUGGUCAAAGAACAUCUAAGGCAUUUGAUGGGUGGCAGAUCAGAUCCUAGUAAUGAAAUUUUUUGUCAAUUCAUAUUCCCUGAGAAACCUGGAGCAUUAAGGAAGUUCUUAGAUGCUUUUAGCCCUCGUUGGAAUAUAACUUUGUUCCAUUACCGUGAACAGGGAGAACUUGAUGCAAGUGUGUUUGUGGGAUUCCAAGUUUCACAAGGUGAGAUGAAAGAGUUCCAAAAUCAAGCUGACCAACUUGGCUAUUCAUAUGAAAUCGAGAGUCUCAACGAGGCUUCCAAACUUAUAAUCGAGUGAAAAGAAAAUUGGUGUUU